UACAUUAUAGCAGCCAAAGCUUUUCUAAACAGAUAAGAAAAAGUUCGAAGGAAACUUUAGAAAAUUCUUGGUUCUACUGUUCCUUGACAAAGUAGGUGCUACAGAGAAAACUGUUGUUAAUUCAUGCGAUCUACUGAGUUAUUUUGAGCAGAACAAGUUAUAAGUUCAAUAUUGGAGAGCCAGCCGUUUUCUUCCUUGUUUCAUUGAAGUGCUUAGAGCUACCACUUGGGCAGAGUAGAACACGUAUUUGGCUCACUUCGAAAGAGGUCAGAGCUGUUUGAAGCUGUUUAGAGGUCAGAGCUGGUAACAAAUUGGAACAUGGGGAUUUGCAGUUCUCGUACCGGGCCCACCGAUUAUGCGUACGUCCCCAGCAGGGAAGCCUACAAAGAAGGAAACGUUUCGCUUCUCGAUGAUGAGCCAAAGCAAAAAGGACAGAACGAAGGAGAAAAUUACCACAAUGAAUGCGAACAACAACCAGUGAUGGAAAUAGACCCAGAGAGGGCAAGAGGUGCGGUGGGAGCUGAAAAGGUAGUAGCAAAGAUCGUAACAGGGACAGUGCCUCGAGAGAUUCUUAAACGUGGACCGUUAGCGUUUGAAGCUUGCGAUAAAGCCCACCGUAAGGGAACCCCUGUCGUUAGAAGAGUUCCUAUCAUAUUCAUUGGACAGCACCGUUCGGGAAAAACUAGCGUUAAGAAUUCACUCAAGGGCCAACCUUUCAAUGUAAAUGAAGAUAGCAACAGAGGGAAAGAUGCACAUUCCUCUAUAUUCAAAGUGUCUCGUGAGAUUUGGAAAGUGGGUGAGAAGGGCCAAGACCCUAAUCAUGACUCAGCAUUCUCUUUUGAUCAUCAUCCUGCGCGAUCCACCGCUCAACAUUUGAGAUACAAAACACCAAUUGAAUCGGAGCUAUGUAGGACCAUUUCUUCAGAAAGCUCAAACUCAAAACAUACCAGCAACAGCCCAGAAUCUAAAUUUACAGGUGCCGAUGUUAUUCACCUAGAAAGCCGUGACCCUGCCGAGAUGUUUAAAGAUCUUCAGUUUAGAAAGAAGCCAGAAUCUUCCCAGAAUUCCACAAGUACGGGACGAAAUAUUAACGACGAUUCAAAUUCAGGAGAAGCUUUACCGCAAACGGAAAUUACGGAUGAAGACAUAUAUUCUAUGUUGUGGGACUUUUGUGGGGAGUCAGUUAACUAUACAGCAUAUCCAAUUUUUCUAACCCCCAAAGCAGUCUACAUAUUGGUUUACGAUCUCCGGAAGAAUGCAAGAGCGUCCGCCAAACCCGUCGUAAAGCAAGGGCGGUACAGAGAGCUAGAAGACAGCCACCUCUCAAAAACAAAUUUGGAUUACCUCAAGUUUUGGAUGUCUUCUGUUGCCUCCUCAGCCAACCAACAGGAAGAUAAUCCAUCAAAGUCUACAUCAGAAGUACUGCCGGAAAAGCUGCCACCAGUCUUCUUGGUGUUCACUCAUGCAGAUACGCUUGGUGACGGCGGUGACUCUAAAAAAAUUGCACGAGAUAUUUAUGGGUCUUUAAAGCAAACGCCAAGUGGGGUUCACUUGUACAAAGAUUUCUUUGUCGUCGACAUUGCAAAAUCUGGCCGAGAGUUUGAGUGUUCGGAGAUUCUGCGUUUGCGAAAGGAGGUACUUGCUGCAUGCAGUGAAUUACCACAGUUGAGAGAAACCAUUCCAAUCCAGUCAUUGAUGUUUGAAAAAGCAAUUCAGAAGAAAAAAGAAGAGGGCCACAAAUUUGUUUCCCUCGAGGAUGCUAGAUUACUUGCGGACGAAGAGUGUAACAUAAGUGACGAAAAACAGUUCCAGAAAAUAUUGAACUUUUUGCAUGACCAAAGAAUUUUAAUUCACUUCCAUGAAACUCCGGAGCUAAAAAGAUUGGUUAUCUUGGAUUCUGAGUGGUUAAUUAACGUUUUCACGGAGGUCAUGUCAGUCAAGUUAUAUGAAGGGUCAGAGAGCAAACUUGAGCAUCUAUGGCGAAAGCUUGAGACGGAAGGAAUCUUGGAGGAGAAUCUCCUGGAAUAUAUUUGGGGCCCUCUACAUGACAAGAAAAACACCUACGAGAGUCUUCUCGCAAUUAUGGAGAGGUUCGGCUUGAUUUUGCCUUUGCCUUCGCUUGCUCCUUCUAAUGGUAAGACGUGUCUCGUGCCAUCCAUGUUAAUGUCUUACCCAACGCAGGGUAUUACAAGUCUUGUUGCAGCUGCACGAAUUCCUCCUAUCUUUCUCACAUUUGAGUCUGGACGAGUUCCCUCUGGUUUGUUUCUCCGAAUUGCGCUGCAGUUGGUUCAGUGGAACAGAGAAAACAAUCCAAACUCAGCAAACUAUAACUUGUACAAUAAUUAUGUCAGAUUCUAUCCAUCAAUGAAGGAGAACUGCUCUGUUAUCCUCCAGUGUCAUUCGUCUUCAAUCGAAGUUGUUGUGCAUGGACAUAAUGCCAAUCAUGAGUUGGAGGAUGGUUCACACACAGAGUUGGAUUUGCCGCGGCAGGAGCCCUACGACGCAAAUUGUGCGCGAGCAGUACGGAAGCAGUUGGAAGUGAUACUUACUUCCAUGCAUCCCAAGUUCUUUUGGCCAAAGAACACGAGGUAUAGAGUUGGCUUUAUGUGCCCAAUCUGUUGUCAAAAUGGCGGAAUUGUUAAGGAAUGUAAAUUUCACCUUCAACAAGGUUGUAAGCAAGAGGAGUGUUUGCAUUUUUUGUCUGAGUCUGAAAUUUGCAGUGCGAACAUCAUUAACUGUACCAGGAAUCCUGUGGCACCAGAAAUAAGAGUUCGAAAAGAGCAGUUUGAGCCCUGGCUAAUGACCACACCACAACAGGGUACAAGGGAAGAAUCAAUUAAGACACAGGUCUCCUUGCAGCAAGAAGUUCCCCAAGGCCUUCCUCGUGAGAUUCAAGACUUCCUCAGAUUACCGUCACAUGAUAACCGAGGCAUAAAUUUUCAAGAUCUUCAUGAAUUCCAAGAAAUUUUAAAGACGGACUCAGCUUUCCCUAAACGUUCAGAUCCAGAGACAAAGAAAAGGAUCCAUUUGCUAGCAAGGAAGUCUGUAGCAAAAAAUCGGUUCGACGUGUUGAAACAUCUGAGAAAAAUUACACCAGCUGGAUCUACUGGUCCCUCCGUGCCUGAAAACACCGACAUUCGUAACAUUUCUCAUCGUCGAAGGAAAAAGCUUACAGAAUCCCUGAGUGGUGGACAGGACUGGAAGUUGCUUGCUGAAAAACUUGGCUUACAUCCUGAUGAAAUUCGAUAUUUAGACUACCGCGUCCGCAAUCCUUGUGAAGGGGUCUUGAUUAGAGCUGCUGCCCAGGAUUCCGUUAAUGUUGGCGAUCUGUACAACUUAUUAGUCGAGCUUGGGUAUCCUCUGAUAGCUGAUGAACUGUAAAGCACUAACACUUACCUUAUGUCUCGCAAUCUUACUCUUAACGUGAGUUUAUACAUUCCUCGAUGGAAACCGCGGAAAUUAUUCUGUUACAUUUUAAAAAUGUCCAGAUAGAAAGCAUUCGGGUGCACAGUUUUCGUCUUAGAUUAGGCCUUGAAAACCUUACUUAACGUGCUCCGCAUAUCUUUUGCCCAUGUAUCCAUAACCUGCGAUCAUGUUCCCUUUGGUAGGGGGGAGGGGGAUAAAUAGUGUAGCUGCACAAGAUAAGGCGGUCGGGGUGACAGCCGCUUGUUUGCAAACGCGCUGUUCUCUCGAGUUAUUCUUUUGAUGUAUCCGAUACGAUUUCAUCAAAAAUAGAUCUAGAUACAACAGUGAAGACUCGAAGACAUCAAGUAGCGCUGCGAUUAAAUGUUCUCUGUCCCAAUUUCUCUGUCGACCUCAACCGAUACCCCAAUCAUGGCGGCAAAGAUUCCACAAACCUCCUUUUAAUUUUUUUCCUUUUCACUCUUUAGAUAUGUAUUCCAAGGGACUCGCCACAACAACAGAUCACUAGAAGGAUGUAAUUAUUUUGUCACUUCCAAUAUCAACUUCUAGAUUACACUCUUGCCAAACCGCCUUGGAUCAAUUUUACUAUAGGUAGUGUCGGCCGACAUGGCGACCGACAUGGUGACCGACAUGUCGACCGACAUAUCGACCGACAUAUCGGUCG